AUACAUUUGGUUUUUGGUUGUUUUGGUGUGCUGAGCUAUGGAUAUUUCUGUGCGAAAUUCUCUCAACCCCAAUAAACUUCUCAAAGAAGAAUUUGUUAGCAACUUGACUGGAUCUUCUAUGAUCGAAAUCGCAGCGCUUUCAGCUAUUAUACCCAUUCUUGUACUUCUUCGGCACUCAUUCAGCUCCACCAAUGUGGUUGAUCAUACUGCUGCAAAUGCUUCAUUGAAGAAAAGUGAUGGUCUAGUUAUACGCACAAAGAGUUUGAAGCGGUACUUAGCUGCAAUUGCUGUAGAUUUUCUUAUUAUUGUGAUUCCCACUCUCUUGUUUUUCACGGUUCUAGCAGAUUGGUCAUGUUUAUGUGCGAUUUUAUUGACCUUGCUGUUAUUAUUAUUGAUUGCAGCCAAAGGAAUGCUCAAUCAUUCUCCAACAUGGGAAGCAGGAAACCAAAGUCUAAGGGCAAAUAUUUCAUCUUUUAGGGUUGUUGUGAUGAUCACAACAUGCUUGUGUAUAUUAGCUGUUGAUUUCAGAAUAUUUCCUAGAAGAUAUGCUAAGACAGAGACUUACGGUACAAGUCUGAUGGAUCUUGGUGUCGGUUCAUUUGUGCUGGCAAAUUCAUUAGUUUCUCGGCAGGCACGUAAUGUCUUAUCCACACAAUGGAAAGGUGCAUUAAAAUCUGUUUUUCCUCUUCUCGUUCUAGGAUUUAUUCGUCUGAUAACUACUUCUGGUGUAGAUUAUCAGGUUCAUGUAGGAGAAUAUGGAGUGCACUGGAAUUUCUUUUUCACACUUUCUGCUGUAUCAAUUCUUACCACUGUCAUUAAUAUUCCUCCACAAUAUUCUGGAAUUUUUGGUUCAAUAAUUCUAGUAGGGUACCAGUAUUGGUUGAUAUAUGGUGGGCUAAAUACUUAUCUUCUUUCAAAUCAGAGGGGUUCUGAUAUAAUCAGCCAAAACAAGGAAGGACUUUUUAGCAUAUUUGGGUAUUGGAGUAUUUAUCUUAUUGGCGUGCAGUUGGGAAACUCUCUAUUCUUCGGAAAAAAUUCAACUGCUACACUAAAGAGCAAGAGAAGAGCAAGGAUAAUAGUUUGGAUUCUUGCUGUUUUCUUUUGGAUGACAACCUUGUUUCUGGAUUCUUAUGUUGAGAGAGUAUCUCGUAGAAUGUGCAACCUGGCAUAUGUCACUCUGGUACUGGCCCAAAAUUUACAGGUUUUGGCAAUAUUAAUGCUUUCUGGUUAUGUCGCUGGGAACGAAACUUCAGCUCUUGAAGAAGCAUUAAACAGCAAUUUAUUGGCAGCAUUUCUUCUGGCAAACUUGCUCACUGGACUAGUUAACUUAUCAGUUGAUACCCUGUCCACAUCAUCCAUCUCGGCUUUAUUUAUUUUACUUGUUUAUGCAUUUAUUUUAUCCAUUGCAAUGGGAUUGGCCUAUUUCAAUGGCAUUAGGUUGAAGUUUUGGUAGGUUAGAUUGUGAUAGUAUGACAUGUUUCUUCUAUGUAAGUUUGAAACAACAAAGUAUCAUCAGACAAUUUUGUAAACUACUUUUUGGAACAGAGAUGAACUUUUUUGAGACAAAA